AUGGGCACAUCGUCAUCAGUGUUGUUCUUUACAGUGCAACGUGAGUUCCUUGAGGAUCACCAGCGGGUACUUCAGUCAAAGCUAGGCCCAGUGAGUCGAGAAAUCCCUGACAGCCGAGUGAAAACACGUGAGGAUCUGGAGGGCCUUUACCAUAAGAUUGUCAGUAAUGUUCUGCUGAGCUCAGGUCUGGUUUCCCCCACAGACAUCACAACAAUGCGAGAGGCUACAGACCCAUUUCACAGCUCUAGCAAAUUGGAGGACAUACUGGUGCCGGAGAUCAAGAACGACGAGAAGAAAAUGAAGGAGUCGUCAGCAGUCUCGACUGUUAUACAGUACACUCGUGAAGGAUGGGCUUUUACUGCCAGAAGUGACUAUGUUUUUUCAUGCAACCCAAGCAUAGGAGUCCUGAAACAUAGGGAGAAAUACUAUGUUUUCAGCUCCAAGGAAACAGCUUUAAGAUUUGGAUCCAAGCCAGAUGAGUACAUAGCCCGUGUGGCAGAGAAAGCAAAGCGGUCCCCUGAGCUUAUCCAGCUCCUCCAACUGCCUGUGUCACUCCACAUUCUGAGGGGAGAGACUGUUGGUAACAGCAGCACUCAGGUGGACACUUAUUUGUUGGAAACCAACAUUGUGAACUCGUACGAGUGGAAUGAGUGGGAGCUGAGGAGAAAAGCAAUCAAAUUGGCCAACAAUCUUCAUAGUAAAGUGGCCCGCUCAAUGCAGGCUCAUCUAAUUCACAUGAGGAGGGAUAAUGUUACCCAAACCUACCUCCCUGAUGAUGGUGUGUGCCAGUGCAAGAGGGAUGGCAAGAGCAACGUCCCCAAACCUCAGAUGUUCCUGGCUGGUCUUCUAGGAGGGAAAACCAACACUACACAUAUUUUUUUUUUUUAA